AUGCUACACCGCAAGAUCUGGGUCAAGCGACCUGGGGCCUCGGCGACGUUGGUCCAAAUACGGGAAGAUGACUUGGUUGACGAUGUGCGCGACAUGAUCCUGAGGAAGUACGCAAACUCGCUCGGCAAAAGCUUCGAUGCUCCCGACGUCACACUCCGCAUCGUCCCGCGCGACAAGGCACAAAGAGAAUCUGAGAGAACACUGGGACCCGAGGAGGAGAUGUGCAGGACUUUAGAUUCAUAUUUCCCUGGUGGUCAGAAUGUAGAUGAGGCUCUCAUCAUUGACGUUCCUCAACGGCGAACACCAAAACCCUCACCGGGAGGUAAUCUGGGCCAUGGGGCUUACGUUCCUUACUACCACGAUACUCGGCCUUUGGAGAAUGGCACAGACUAUUUCCCGCCCAUGCCAGCCAUAGGAGUGCCCUCUCCAGCGCCCUUGACAUCGCUUUCGCACGACAGCCGCCAAUCGCAUGCCGCGCAUGAACGGGGAGCCAUGGCCGUACUGGCUUCUGGUCAGGUACCACCGCUUCCCUCUCCCGGUAACACGCGUCGAGCUCAUGCCCAUCGGCCAGGCAUCCGGCGUCAUCCCACGUCCUCCCCGACGCAGAUAACACAUCCAGGGCCUUCGGCUCUCGCGAGCUCCACACAUCUGCCUGCUCGGUCAGACCGUCGCCCUCAUAUUGAAUCAAAUCCGUCGGAAACCAAGCAUGUCGCUCCCAGCGCCCCACCUAUGCCUACACCUCCAAUCGCCGACCAACCUCCGACCAAGCAGUCUUCGACGCCACCGACGCCGCGUGUAGCUUCUCCUGCUCCUCGCAAGCCGAAGAAGUCAAAACCUAAGCCGGAGACUAAGGACGGCGCUAAACUACCAUCUGGUCUUCUUGAUGGCUCUGUUCCUCCAAUCAAUGUUCUUAUUGUCGAAGACAAUAUCAUCAACCUGAAACUAUUGGAGGCUUUUAUGAAGCGGUUAAAGGUUCGCUGGCAAACUGCCAUGAACGGACGGGAUGCCGUAACGAAAUGGCGCAAAGGUGGUUUCCAUCUGGUUCUUAUGGAUAUCCAGCUUCCCAUCAUGAGUGGCCUGGAAGCAACCAAGGAAAUCAGGCGGUUGGAGCGAGUGAAUAACAUAGGUGUUUUUAGGGAUGAGGAAAAACAAGAUAGGCCUAAUGGAGGGCCAAAUGGCGAUGUGACAGAGGUAACGGAAGAGGACAAGUUGGCAACUGAACUUCCCUUCAAAAGCCCUGUCAUCAUUGUCGCUUUGACAGCAAGUUCACUGCAGAGUGACAGGCACGAAGCGCUUGCUGCCGGUUGUAACGAUUUCUUGACCAAGCCUGUCAACUUCGUCUGGCUCGAACGUAAAGUCAAGGAAUGGGGCUGCAUGCAAGCUCUCAUCGACUACGAUGGCUGGCGCAAGUGGAAGACGUUCACAGAUGAGGCUUCGGAGAAGCCUAAAAGCAAGAAAAAGGCGCCGCGUAACUCCUUGUCGGCGUCACAGCCGGUGUCGACGCCUUCUCCAGUGACAGGGUCGGGCCCAACACAGCCGCCGCUGGCUGCAGCACCAUUGCCAGCUGCCGUUGAUGGACCAGUGGAAGAGAUGGCAGUCGAAACGGAAGAGCAUGGCGGGAGUGGUUAG